GAAAGCACAGACACCAGUGCAACUGUAAACAAACAAUAAAGAAUGUCCAUCUCAAACAAACGGGAAAAACAACAAACACAUAAAUUCCAUUUUUCUCACACGCACACAGCGUAACCCAGCUCAUAUCCAAAUCCAAAUCUAAACUUGGAACCAAAAGUUAUCUUCUUUACCAAUUUUCUUGCACUGUUACUCUGUUAUUGCUAGAUCUUUUGUGUUUCAAAGCUGAGUAAAGAUUCUUUCCUUUGUUUAUUUUCUUUGAUUUUAUUUUUAUCCUUUCUGUAAUUCUUGAUAAUGUCCCUUUUGGGCCAUCCUCAUUUGGGUUGAUUUUUUGAUCUUACUAGAUUUGGGAUGUUUUUUACAGUUAAUGUGAAGUAAAAUUUUGCUUUAUCUAGAGACGUCUAUACCCAAAUCCAGACUCGUUGUCUGGGAUUAUCUUUUCGCCUCAAUUUUAAUUGGGUUUUCUAGAUUUUACAAAAAUAGAUUUAUCUCAUAGUUUGUUUAUUGAUUUUGGGGUUUUUCUUCGAUUUUCCCUUUGUGGGCUUGCCCUAUUCAUGUUUUUUGGUGGGAAGAUUUGGCCCUGAAAGCUGAAUCCUGAAAAAAAAAAAGUGUAAAAGAUGAAGAUGAAGCUCAGAAAGUCGGUGCUUUUCUUGUUGCUCGUGACAGUUUUUGCUCCUAUUAUUCUCUACACCGGCACUCUUGAAGUCUACUUUACAUCCUCUUCUUCCAGGAACGAGUUUGUAGAAGAUGUUUCAACACUUACUUUUGCUGGUGAAGUUAGGUCUCUGAAUGUUCUGCCUCAGGAGUCAUCUGCAACAUUAAAAGAACCAUUUGGCAUAGUUUAUUCCGAAAAUUCAAUAGACUCGAAUCCCAAUGCUUCCGAUUCAUCGACUGGAGAAAAUACUCGCAUUACCCGACAACUAACUGAAGAAUCAGCAGAAGAAAAAGCCUCAAAUUUGACCAUAUUGAGGGAAAAUCAGUCGUCAGACAAGAAUCCCAUUAGACAGGUGGUGAUAGAUGAGGUGCGUGGGGAUGAAGUUGAGCCGAGCGAAGAAAAAAUUGUUAAACCUAAAUCGAGCAAGAAUAUAGAAACUGAGGGUACUUCAGAAAAUGCCUCACAAAAAAUGGAAAUACCUGCAAAGCACAGAGAUGCUUCCAAGGCGAGAACUAGAAAACAAAACGAGCGAGCUGUUUCGACAGAUGCUCGGGUUCACCAGCUCAAGGACCAACUCAUUCAAGCAAAAGUUUAUCUCUCCCUAUCCUCGACCAGAAACAAUCCCCACUUUAUAAGGGAGCUUCGUUUGCGCGUGAAAGAAGUUCAAAAAGUUCUUGGAGAGGCCAUCAAGGAUUCCGAGCUGCCAAGAAAUGCUAACGAUAAACUGAAAGCAAUGGAGCAAACUCUGUCAAAGGGGAGACAAAUACAGGAAGAUUGUGCGGCCGUGGUAAAGAAACUCCGAGCAAUGCUUCAUUUGGCAGAAGAUCAGCUUCGGGUCCACAGGAAGCAAACCUUGUUUUUGACCCAUUUGACUGCAAAAACUAUCCCGAAAGGGCUUCACUGUCUUCCCCUACGCCUCUCAGCGGAGUAUUUCAUGCUCAACUCGUCUCAGAGGAAUUUUCCGAACGAGGAAAAAUUGGAGGAUCCCAAGCUGUAUCACUACGCGUUGUUUUCGGAUAACAUAUUGGCUGCAGCUGUUGUCGUGAACUCGACAAUCACCCAUGCAAAGGACCCCUCGAAACACGUCUUCCACAUAGUCACUGACAGGCUCAACUACGCCGCCAUGCGAAUGUGGUUCUUAUCAAAUCCCCCGGGAAAAGCAACUGUAAAUGUCCAAAAUGUCGAGCAUUUCACUUGGCUCAACUCGAGCUACAGUCCUGUCCUCAGGCAGCUGAUUGCUCCCUCCACAAUCGACUACUACUUUAAAAACCGCCGAACAGAAUCCGACCCAAACCUGAAAUACCGAAACCCAAAGUACCUCUCGAUUAUGAACCACCUGAGGUUUUACCUGCCCGAGAUCUUCCCGAAACUCGCUAAAGUUUUGUUUUUGGACGAUGAUGUCGUGGUGCAGAAGGAUCUCACGGGACUUUGGUCUUUGGAUAUGAAGGGAAAAGUCAUUGGUGUGGUGGAGACGUGUGGAGAGAGCUUUCACAGGUUUGAUCGGUAUUUGAAUUUUUCGAACCCGAUUAUUUCAAGGAAUUUUGAUCCUCGUGCGUGUGGUUGGGCUUUUGGGAUGAAUGUUUUCGAUCUGAAUGAGUGGAGGAAGCAGAAUAUAACGGACGUGUAUCAUAGGUGGCAGAAUCUGAAUCAAGAUCGACUGUUAUGGAAACUGGGAACAUUGCCACCUGGUUUAAUAACCUUCUGGAACCGGACUUAUGGUCUCGACAAAUCUUGGCACGUUUUGGGGCUCGGUUACAAUCCGAAUGUGCCCCAAAAGGAAAUCGAUCGAGCGGCCGUAAUACAUUUCAACGGCAACUUGAAGCCUUGGCUCGAGAUCGCCAUACCAAAGUUCAGAGGCUACUGGCAGAAAUUCGUGGAUUACGAUCAUCAUUUUCUGCGUGAAUGCAACAUUGCUCAAUAGGUUCCGUUUUACGCAAUUUUAUAAUUCGAAGGUUUUCGAGCAAUUAUAAGGGAGUUAGGUAUAUAAAUUUAAUUAUUUCUUAGCUGGGAGUAGUUAUUGUCAGGUUUUUAUUCUGUGAUUUGGAGAAUUUUAUUUUUGAUGUAUGAUGUAGAGCUGGUGAAGGGUACCAGUGAAUGAUACAAAGGUGNAUUGAGUUU